AUGGCUUCCAUAGUAAGCGCCCGAUCACAGGCCGAGAAGGACGCCGAGGGCUUUGCGAACGCGAUCGACGUCAAGCCUGACGUGAAGCGCAUGAAGCCCGACCCUGGCGGAGCGCCCCAGCGGAGCGCGCCAGACGGCCAGCCCUUCCCUGGCACCACCGAGCUGUCUGCCGACCUCUCGUUCGGCGAGCCGCGGCCCUUCAAGUUUGGCAGCGAGACGGACUCGCCGCGCCGCGCUGGGCACGUCAUCUUCAAGCUCUCGUCGCCCGUCCCGGCCUCGGGCUACGACCGCCACCACGGGCAGAGCCACGUGAAGCUUGGUACGGGCUACGAGAUCAGCGGUCUGGCCAAGGUGCAGGCGGCCCUGCCGUGGGAGGUCAAGGUGGAGGACGGGACGAGAGGCCUCGAGCUCAAGGACAGCGUGCAGCGGCUCUGCGACCCGCUCAACACGUGCACGCCCGGCCGCGGCAAGCACCGGCCGUGCCGCCCGUACCGCUGCGUCUGCCCGGCUCCGCUCCUGCACGUCGAGUGGCAGCCACCGCUGCCGUGGAGCCUGCGCCGCGGCCAGCCUCCCGUCUGCGUGCGGCUCGACGUGUGGCUCCAGCCCGACAUCUUCGACAUGCGCAUCUCUGCCUGGGGCUCGCAGCGCUCCUGCUUCUUUGACGUCUGGCAGCUGAUGGACAGGAUUAGCGCUGGCUACCCGGAGAUGGAGCAGCCGGACGGGCUGAAGCUGACGCUCUUCCAGUUCCAGCGGCAGUCGCUGCAGUGGAUGUACGACCGCGAGACGGACGUCGGCGGCCUCAACGCUCUCUUCUGGGAGGAGCGCCCCUCCGACGCGGGCGGCGUCGACCGCAGCGGCGCGCCCGCCGACCACCGCUUCUACUACAACCCGAUGGCGGGGGAGCUGAGGUCCGAGCCGCUGCCGGUCGUCUCCGGCGGCUUCCUCUGCGAGGAGAUGGGCCUCGGCAAGACGUGGCGGCGCGAGAUUGCAAAGUGCAGCGGCGACACGCUCAAGGUGCUCACCUUCCACGGUGCCGACCGCACGCAAGACGCGGCCGACUUUCUCGACCAGCAAGACGGGAGGGCGGGCCCGGACGUGGUGCUGACGACCUACGAGAUGCUCUCCCUCGAGGCUCGCCCAGGGGCGCCGAAGACGCUGCGCCGCGUGCACUGGUGGCGAGUGGUGCUCGACGAGAGUCAGAGGCUGCCUCGGCCGGCCGGCGUGAGCGGCUCGUCGGCGUUCGCCGCCAUCGCGCGCGAGUGCGCCGAGCUGUCGCGCACGCACAGCUGGCUCAUGUCGGGCACGCCGGCCGGCUCGGUGGUGGAUGACCUGCUCGGCCAGCUGAUCUUCCUCGGGGUCGAGCCGUACUGCAAUCGCGGGGCGGACGGCGACGCCUUCUGGGAGCGCGAGAUCUCGAGCCGCUGGAGGGAGAGGAGCGCCGACGCCCUCGAGGUGGUGCACGAUUUGCUCGGCCAGAUCAUGAUGCGGCACUCGAAGGCGCAGAGCUUCCAAGGCACGGGCGAGAUCGUGACGCUGCCGCCCAAGAGCGAGGAGACCGUCCUCGUGCCCCUCUCGGACGCGUCCGAGCGAGUCGUCUACGGCGAGCUGGAGCGGCUCUGCCAGCAGGCCAUUGCGCGCGGCCAGCAGGCGCUGCGCGGAGGCAGUCAGGCGCUCGGCACGCGCGAGCUGCAGCUCGCGAUGCUGGACGACGCCGCGCUGCCCCUCCCCUCACAGCUGUCGCGCUGCGGCUUCUGCAAGGCGCCGCUCGGAGGCGCGGGCGCGGCCGACGUGCUGCCGGCAGGGGACGCGCUCUUCACGCGCUGCUGCCACCUCUUCUGCCCUCGCUGCGUCGCCGGGCGCGGCGCCAACAACAACUGCCCCGAGUGCUCGGCCCCGAAUGCGCUGCUGACGGCGGACUGCCUCGUCUUACCGCUCGACUCCGCGCCCGCUGUUUCCGCCGCCGCGAGCUCGAGCGACCCGGCGCCGCCGCCGUUUGAGUGGGACACGCCGGCGCUGCCUCCCGCCUCCAAGCUCGACGGGCUACGGGUGUGGGUGUGCGACGGCGCGGUGGGCGGCAAGUGCCCCGACGGCGGCUUCUCGCAGCGCCCGACGCCACACGCGAUCGACGGGCUUCACUUUUGCUCGAUGCCGUGCGCCGAGAGGCGCUUCAAGGCGGCGCUGGUCUCGAGGGACCACGGCGGCAGCGCGUACGUGGCGAAGCCGGGCGAGGCGCAGCUCGGCUGGGCGGGCACGCAGGGCCUGCUCGCCGGCAAGACCUUCUGCCGCUGCCCUGGCAUGUCGGCAAACGCUGCAGCAGUCAAGGCGCUGCGCAAGGCGCGCGAGGAGACGCCGGAAGAGGAGGCGUGGGAAGGGUUGCGGCUCUACGGGCAGGGCACGACCACAAAGCUGGUCGCUGACCCGCGCGUGGCGCGACUGCCCGACUUCCCCUCCGACGCGCCGCGGCACGCCUUCGAGACGCACCUCGAUGCGGCGGGCGGCCAGCGCCUCUACGGCAUGCAUUGGCCGCUGCAGCUCGGCAGCAAGCUGACCGCCGUGAUGCGCGAGCUGCGCGCGCUCAGCGCGGCGCGGGCGGCGAAGCCCGCCAGCCGGAAGCGAGCCGUCUCGAACCGCGGCGGCGGCGGCGGCACCGCCACAAAGGACUCCAAGGCGGUCCUCUUCUCGAGCUCCGAGGCGGUCCUCGACGUGCUGAGCGCGCAGUGCCGGCAGGAGUUUGGCGACGGCGCACUCUCGCGCAUCGUCGGCUCGUCGACGCACGAGGAGCGCACCGAGGCGCUCGACAGGUUUGGCACGCAGGCCGCCUGCUUCCUGCUGCUGCUGCCCGUGCGCGCGUGCGCGUCCGGCCUCACGCUCACCGUCGCCGACCACUGCUUCCUCAUCGAGCUGCAGGGCAACGGCGGCCAGGAGCUGCAGCUGAUCAACCGGGUCUAUCGCAUCGGCCAGAGCCGGCCGGUGACGGUCAAGAAGUUUGUGGCGGCGGACACCAUCGAGGAGCGGAUGCUCGAGCUGCGCAAGCGCUCGCGCGGGCUUCUCGCGGCGCGAGAGCAGCCCGCCGCGGCGGAGACGGCCGCAGAGGCGGACGCGGCCGCCGUGUCGGCGCUCCCGUCUGGGGAGGAGGCCGGCAAGGGCGCGCACAAGAGCGCAAACGCCGAGGCGCAGACGGAGAGGUUUGAGGACUUGCGCUUCCUGUACGGGGGCGCGCGGGCACGGGGCUGA